AUGGACAUGGAAAUUGAUGAGUGCCUGGUCAAUUCAGAAGGAGAAGCAAAUCUCGAUGAAUUCUGUGAUCUUGAGCCUAUUCUUGAUGAGAUAUUAUUUUAUGAUCAGCAAUUAUUCACCCCAAUUGAUGCUUUAAAUUCCCAGUCCAAACAGCUGAGUAAUUAUAGCAGCUGGAGUUCUUAUGUUAAUGGUCCUCAAGAAAUUAUAAGGACAAAGGCUUCUUCUUCCUCCUCCUCUCAGUUAAUUUCUUUUGGAAAUUCAAAGCAAACUGAUGAGAAAUUUCAUAGGAUAUUGCCAAUGGAUUCUUCCAUAUCCUCAAAAAUUUUAUCAACAAAAGAAACUUCUGGUAAGAACAAAUUAUAUGAUGCAGCACUUGAGAUGGGUGCCAAGAGAGUUUGCACCGUGAUCAGGAGCCCUUUGCAGGCUCAAGAUCAUGUUAUGGCCGAGAGGAAACGCCGAAAGAAGCUAAGCCAACUUUUUAUAGAUCUUUCUAAAGUUAUCCCAGGUCUGAAAAAGUUGGACAAAGCUUCUCUACUAGAAGAUGCCACCAAGUAUGUGCAAGAGCUUCAAGAACGCGUAAGAAUCCUCGAAGAAAAAGCUGAAGAGGCCAACAAAAACUCAAUCCCUAAAUCUAGUUUUGCUAAUUAUUCUGCAACAAUUAAUGAUGAUACUUCUUCUUCAUCAAAAGAGAGCUCCAAUGGCAGCACAAGAGAAUCAGUCCCAGCUGAAAUCAAUGCCAGAAUUUCAAACAAGAAUGUACUGAUUAAAAUUUGCUCCAAGAAACAAAAGGGAUUGAUAUCAAGAAUUCAGUAUGAAAUGGAAAAACUGCACCUCAACGUCUUAGACAUUAGAGCCAUGCCAUUUGGAAGUUCUUCUGUUGACAUAACCAUUCUUGCUGAGGCGGAGAGUGAAUUCUGCGGGACAGUAAAGGACAUGUUUGAACACCUCGAGAUCGCUUUUCUCAAUCCAGGAACAUGA